AUGGUGAUUAGCUUGACAUUGAGCCGACGGCUGCCGUCUCGUUGGCCCGGCCUCCUGCGGUGCUGCAGUACUAACACAGAAAGCUCCGCCAGAAGUGCUGUUCUGGACAAUGUGCUCUCUACGUUCAGGUCUAUAUGUGGUGAGGACAAUGUCUCAUUGGGUGAAGCUGUCAGAGAGCAACAUGGCAAAGAUGAAUCUGUACACAGAUGUUGUCCCCCAGAUGUGGUGGUGUUUCCUCGUUGCGUGGAGGAGGUCAGUGCCCUGGCCAAAGUUUGCCACCACCACCGCUUUCCCAUCAUCCCUUUUGGCACCGGGACUGGCCUGGAGGGAGGGGUCGGCGCAGUGAAGGGCGGUGUGUGCUUCAGUCUGAGGAACAUGGACCAGGUUCUGGAUCUCCACCAGGAGGACUUUGACGUGACAGUGGAGCCCGGGGUGACUCGGAAGGCCCUCAAUGCCUACCUCCGAGACACCGGCCUGUGGUUUCCUGUUGAUCCUGGAGCUGAUGCCUCUCUGUGUGGUAUGGCUGCCACCAGUGCGUCUGGUACUAAUGCAGUACGUUAUGGAACUAUGAGGGAGAAUGUUAUAAACCUGGAGGUGGUGCUGGCUGACGGGACCAUCAUACACACAGCUGGGAAUGGCCGACGUCCCAGGAAGACUUCAGCAGGUUACAACCUGACAAACCUGUUUGUGGGUUCAGAGGGCACCCUGGGGAUCAUCACCAAGACAACGCUGCGCCUGUACGGCAUCCCAGAGGCCAUGGUGUCAGCAGUCUGCUCUUUCCCCUCUAUCCAGGAUGCUGUAGACAGCACUGUGCAGGUCCUCCAGGCCGGAGUACCCAUCGCUCGCAUCGAGUUUCUGGAUGAUGUGAUGAUUGAUGCGUGCAACAGGUUCAGUGGUCUUUCCUAUCCUGUGACCCCAACUCUGUUCCUGGAGUUCCACGGCUCUGAGCAAAGCCUCGAGGAACAAGUCAACACAACUGAGGACAUCACCCACAGUAACAGAGGGUCAGAUUUUCAGUGGGCUCGAGAUGCAGAGACAAGGAACCAGCUGUGGAAAGCUCGUCAUGAUGCCUGGUACGCUGCUCUGGCUCUCAGACCUGGCUGCAAGGCCUACGCUACAGAUGUGUGUGUCCCUAUGUCUCGACUGCCUCAAAUCAUUGUGGAGACAAAAGAGGACCUGAUUGAAAACAGACUUACAGGUCCCAUAGCGGGUCAUGUAGGAGACGGUAACUUCCAUUGUCUGAUGGUGGUGGAUCCCAACAACGCAGAGGAGAUGCACAGGGUCCACCUGUUCACUGAGAGACUGGCCAGGCGAGCUCUGGCCAUGGACGGCACAUGUACGGGGGAGCACGGAGUGGGUUUAGGGAAGAGAGCGCUGCUGUGUGAGGAGAUGGGACCCAUGGCAAUCCAGGUCAUGCAGGGUCUGAAGGACGCCCUUGACCCAUAUAACGUGAUGAAUCCUGGGAAAAUCCUGCAGCCAAGAGAACUAUAAACAGUAUUUUAGUCACUAACCAUGGGAAAUCUGCUCACUGUUGAUGGCUUGAUCAGAGACUUUCACAAUGAGCUUGUUUUUUUUAGAGCGUGUAGAAAUGCCUCUGUUAAAACAGGACAUUUGGAUAACACUGAACAGAGAUGGAUCAGUCAAAAGUGAAAAGCAAUAGGAUGUCACUGGGAAGACGCUGUUAUUCUAAUUUGGGGGGUGUUAGAUUCUACAUAAAUCUGUGAUGAUUUCACUGGUGUUGCUGUUUCUGCCGUCAGGUGCACUGUGUGCUUCUGCAUUGUUUUACAGAGGGAUCUAAAAAUGUAUGAAUGGAAUCAAGAAAGUCAAGAAUGGUUUAUUUUGAGUAGAUUGUGACAGGUACAUGGAAUAAUCAAGAAUAAUCAAGCAGUACAAAGACUAAAUGAUCUUUGGCUUUUCAACACUAAAAAUAAUCAUUAGUUUGUGCACUGCAUACUGUGUUACACUGUGACACAUGUAGCAGUCAGAGAUGUGUAAGGCUUCCUUAUUUCCCAUAGAAAAUGGACAGAGCAACAGCAGGUAUCAUACACUGUCAUAAAACCACAACAUACUGUAUGUCUGGAAAAUAUCAGCAUUGAAGUUGGUACAUGGUGUCAAACAGUUUGAAGGAACAAAUUUGUUGAGACAGCAGUUGUUCCCAACCUGUGGGCUGUGAGCCACUAAAAGAA